UCUUUUGAAUCACUUUUGCAACAAAUUCAGCUCAUUUGUCAAAUAUCGUGUUUAAUUGUCGCUGUGUUUCAAGUUUAAAAGAUGUUUUUAACGAUAAAUUGCUUAGUUACCAUCGUGUGUAGUGUAGUUUUAACUGAAGCUCUCUAUGGAUCUAACACUGAUGUGGUAGAAUUAACAGCUGGAAAUUUUGACGGGAAAGUCAUACAAAGCGACGAUAUUUGGCUUGUGGAGUUUUACGCACCAUGGUGUGGCCAUUGCCAAUCUCUGGCCCCUGAAUGGAAAAAGGCUGCAUCAGCAUUGAAGGGAGUUAUCAAAGUUGGUGCUGUAGAUAUGGAUGUUCAUAGCUCAGUGGGUGGCCCUUACAAUGUCCGAGGAUUUCCAACAAUUAAGAUUUUUGGUGCAAAUAAGAACUCCCCAAUUGAUUACAAUGGCCCACGUACAGCUCAAGGUCUAACAAAGGCAGCAAUUGAAGCAGCUCAAAGUGCUGUGAAUCAAAGAUUAAGUGGUGGUGGUGGUUCAGGGAGCAGAUCUAGUGGUGGUGGAAAGAGUGGAAGUGGUGGAAGUAGUGGUGGUGGUGAUGCAAAAGAUGUUAUUGAACUAACAGAUAGCAACUUUGAAGAGAAAGUUCUUCAAAGCAGUGAGCUCUGGCUGGUUGAGUUUUUUGCACCAUGGUGUGGACAUUGUCAACGUCUUGAACCAGAAUGGAAGAAAGCUGCAACCGAAUUAAAGGGGAAGUUUAAUCUUGGAGCACUGGAUGCAACAGUUCAUCAAAGCAUGGCACAACGUUAUGGUGUUCAAGGCUUUCCAACCAUCAAAUUCUUUGCACCAGGUAGCGAACCUGUUGACUACCAGGGUGGGAGAAGCGCCUCAGAUAUUGUGCAGUUUGCUUUGUCUAAAGUUGCUGAAAAUGUUGCCCCACCAGAGGUUGUCCAGUUAACCGACAACAAGAUCUUGACGGACAACUGCAAUGAGAAACCCCUUUGUGUUGUUUCUGUGUUACCUGAUAUCCUAGACACUGGUGCUGAUGGUAGAAAUGCUUAUCUAAACAUUCUCAAAGAUAUUGGUGAGAAAUACAAAAGCAAGUUGUGGGGAUGGGUUUGGACAGAAGCUGGCAGCCAUAGUAAACUUGAAGAAACUUUAGGCAUGGGUGGCUUUGGAUAUCCAACCUUGGCUGCAGUAAAUGUUCGAAAAAUGAAAUUCUCUAUUCUGAAAGGGUCCUUUGAUAAGGCUGGAAUUGACGAAUUUCUUCGUCGGUUAGCAGUAGGACGUGGCUCUACCGAACCAGUCCGUGGGGCGGCUUUACCAGAGCUCAAGCCAGUGGAGGCCUGGGAUGGAAAAGAUGGGCAGCUGCCUGAAGAAGAUGAUAUAGAUCUGAGUGACUUUGAUAUGGAUGAUGAUGCAGAGAAAGAUGAGUUAUAGUUAACUGGUGUGACAAAACGUGACUAUAUAUAGUCUGAAAUAAUGAAUUUUGGACAUUGUGUGUUUUCUUCCCUUUGUAAAGAUAUUGAUGAAUUUAUGGCUGAAAUUAUGCUGCUCACAAAACUCAGUGUAAAGAUUUAGGAAAUAUAAUAAAUUGAGCUU